CAUGCGCGCGCGUUUAACGCUUCACGAACGUUCUGCGUUCGGACACGGGUAUAUUCAUACGCCGCGCGCCGUCGUGCGCGUUGGUCAUCGAGGGAGUGGUUAUGAAUAGAAUUUCAGAGUCGGAAUCCGGGAAUUGCAAGUCUCUGCUUGGUGAAACGAUAUCUGCUAAUACAGCGGUGUGACAGUUCCAUCUAGAAACCGGAAUCAAAUUUAAAUUGACGUGCCACGAAGUAGUUGUGUGCAGACCGUCGUAUCUAAACAAUACACGUGUUGAUACGAAGAUACAUCGGUUGAUACGAGAUACAUCUCGAAAAGUAAUAAGAGAUUUUGUUCCGUCUUAUGAAGCGCUGGAUCGAGCUUCUAGUUUGUGAUUUACCAACAGAUUUCUUCAAUAGUUAAUUGCCUAAGAAGUACAUCACUUUCAUGAUUGUAAUUUCUUAGACAGAAAAUUGACAGUCUAAUUGAAUAUUGGAUAUCAAUUAUUUUAAUUUUAUAGACAGCUCAUUAGAGCAAAACAAAAUAUUUGAACAAAUUUUUUAACUGCAAUUAUUGUUAUAAUGUUAACCCUAGUCGAUUUAUACAUGUGCUUUUAUUUAAUUGGGUUUGCAAGCAGUUCAAUUCUGACAACACCCCCUUUGUCAGCUUUAAUUGUUGCAUUUGAAAAUAUAUAUGAUUUAUCAUUGUUGGCUAAUACCUUAUCUGAUCAGGGAAUUGAUACAACAUUGAUAAUACCAACCUAUGCUGUAAAUGAUGUUUAUAAUAAGCUAAUUGACGUUGAAGUAUUGCAACUAGAUGUUAGUGUUGAUAAAUCGAUGCAUAUUGAGAAACUUGCAUUAGAGGCAUGUGACAUUCUCUUUAGAGAUGAGGAAAUACUGAAGAAAAUACAGGAAUUUCAGCCUACAUUCACUAUAUUUCCAGCAUUAAGACAUGACGGUUGUUUGCUUCCAUUUGUAAAGCAUAUCGGAUCCAUUCCGAUAAUCUGGAUAAAAACUUUGGAUGAAGAACUUUAUGCAUUUGAAUGUACUAGAGUUGCUCUGCCAAUACACAAUGGUGGAUUUUGGUCAAGACUUUUAACAAGCUUUGCAGGGAAAUCUAUAUUUUCUGCUGCUAAAAAUGAUUAUUUAAUUCCUGCUCUACGAUUAACAGUCAAAUAUCUACCAGAUGUUAAUAUCGACUUGGAGCAUCUUUACUCUGAUGUUCGAUUAGUGCUUUGGGGAAGUGAUACAGUUUUACGUUCCGACUUUGCGUCUCUGACACAGUUAUUCGUGGAGAUUGGCUGUCAUCAUUGCAGAGGUGCAUAUCCCUUACCUGAGAAUCUGCAGAAAUCAUUAGUCGAAUAUAGAACGGGUACUGUUGUUGUUCUUCUAGAAGGUAAUUAUGGUACAUUGAUACGAGAACUGGCAAAGAAAUUGCCUCAAGGCAGAGAAGGUCAAGCUGUCAUAUGGAAAAGUAAGGACGAUUCGAGUAUUGCCAUGCCGGAAAAUCUUUUCAUCGACCAUACUGUCGAUCGACAAGAUCUCAUAGGUUACAGUCGAACUCGAGUGGUGUUGAGUCAUUGUACCGAUACAGAAUUCCUGGAAGCUGCCUUUCACGGGACACCCUUGAUAUGUUUACCGAGAGACACGCACGAGUCUCGCAAUGCGGCUCGCGCGGUCGAGUUGGGUUUCGCACGCACCACGGAGGCUACGAACGAUUAUGCCUCGGCCGUGAAGAUCGCGCAGAUCAUGCACGAGAUCUACGAAACGGUGGCUUAUCGUGAGAACGCGCGAAAAGUUUCUGUGGCGAUACGGGACAGACUAAACCCACCUUCCGACAGGCUCGUUUACUGGCUGGGUUACAUCGCGAGGACCAAAGACGAUACCGAGAAAUUCCAUAAGCCGAAGAAUCAAGCAAGAACGCUCAUGGAGGACAUCCAGUUCUUCGUUGGUCUUUUAGUAGGCGUGAUUCUCGGGAUUAUCUGCACGGGCAGCGCAGUUGUCGCGCGAUAUCUCGUCACGGCUAACAAAGUGCAAACAGCAAAAGGACGGUAUACGCAGUGAGUGUGUUCCAUUGCAAUUUGAUAUACGCAUUCAUGGACGUUUCUGUAUAUGUAUAUUUAUAUAAAUGCAUGUAGAAUACAGGUACAUACGAAUACAAAGAUUUUACGAGCUAGGAUUUACUUUAUAAUUAGCGAAGAGACGUUUUUUUUACUAUUACUGAUUAUUGGUACGAGAACACUUUCUCAUAAUUCGACUGAAGAGAUUACGAUUACGAUGAAGUGUAAUAUAUUAUCGUGAAGAAAAUAAAUUACAGUUUGUCAAUACUGA